ACUACGCCGGACGCCGGACACGUGUUUUAUUAGAGAACAGUUUUAUUCUAACCUUAAAGUCAUUCCCGUCAAUAUUUUGUCUAGUCUUUUGAGGUGCAUCAGUAAUAAAUUUGGGUGAAUAUUUUUCCAUAGAAAAUAUAUAAUUUAUUACAAUGGCAAUGCAAAUUCCUGCAAACGUGGAUUCUGAUCAAAUUAAAUCUGUUCGAGACUUUGUGGCGUCCUAUAACAAAUUAAUAGAAAUUUGUUUUGUUGACUGUAUAACUGAUUUCACUUCACGAGAUGUUCAAUCGAAGGAAGAAAAGUGUGCUCUAAAUUGUAUGGAGAAAUAUUUGAAGAUGAAUCAAAGAAUUUCACAACGAUUUGAAGAAUUUCAAAUGCUUGCUAAUGAAAAUGUAAUGGCAGCACAGAAAAAAAUAAAUGAAGGUAGAUAAUUUUGAACAUUAACGUAAAUAAAAUUAUGUGUUCAUUGAUUUUUCAAACGCGAUACCGUAGAAAUUAUUUCGAAUUCGAUAUUUUAAUGCAUUUCUCUUUUAGUUUGUUAAAUUAUAAGUAAUAUAGAUAAAAUUAAAGAAAUAAAAAUAAUAAACGUUACUUAUAUAACAACAAUGUAUUACCUUGUAUGUAAUACAUUAAAUAAAUGCGUAAAAUCAA